AUGCGACUCUAUGGCGGCAAUUUCCUAGGCCUCUGGGAACGUUCCCAUAACACUAGUGCUAAUAAGGACCAGCAUAACCUGAACAACGUCGACAAGGAUCAACGCGAUACUGCCGACGACAUGGCGGACCUUUCUGUCAUCAACGGAGAUUUUGACACGCAAGGAAUGGUUGAGAAUGGCGGGACCAAAGGGCAAUUCACAGACCCGACUACCAGCGGCGCUUCCAUCACGGACGAAGAAGCCGACAAGGUCGCAACCGUUUCCUAUGAUUGGGCCGAGUCGAAAGCAUCAUCGCCGACUGCGCCAACAAACACUAUAUCGACGCCUACGUCUGAGCACAGGGCUAAUUCUCAUGGAAGUCACCGGAGCGAAUAA